AUAACAUUAUAAUUGCUGUGACCGGAUUAAAUAGUUUUUAUAAUGAAAUUUAUUUCAUUUUUACUUUUAUUUUGCGUUACCACACCCCCUUUGCUUGCAGUGCAACAGUGUGAAAAGGAUUUUUUUAAGACAAGAUAUAAUGAUGGAUACAGUGGUGAUAUCAGUGUUCUGCUAAUAUGGUUUCCAGUAAAUGCUGGAAGUCAGAGCACACUACGUGUGUGUUCUAAUGAAACUGGUCUGCCUGUGCAGCGUCAUUGUAGUUAUGAUCGCUCAACAAACGCAACAUGGGAAGAAAUUAACCAACACAUAAAAUUAAUUAACUGUAGCUCCAUUCAAACCGUAUGUAUGGAGGAACCCUUUCAACAUUAUUAUAUUAAGAAAAAUUAUGUAAAAGAGCUAGUCAACAAUACAUGGAAAACAGCACAUUUGGGGGAAAGAGCAGAUUUAGAAAAACCCUGUUUACUGGACUCCGGUUUGCCUGUAACACGUCUUUGUGAGUUUAAUUCCAUGCAGCUGAGAGCUCAGUGGGAGCUGUUAAGUCCGCAACUACGAAAUAUUGAAUGCCUACGAGAUACUAGGGAACACGUUAUAACUUAUAAUCUUAGUACGCUGUAUCAGGAAGUUAAAAGAGAUGAUCAAAUAGAUCAAGUACAGCCAGAAAAGGUCAUGAGGGAAAUGACGGAAUUACUAACAACAUCUCAAAGAGUACGCGUGCCAGCGGAUAUAAAAAUAUCAAGUGACAUUUUAAAAAUUAUAACCGAAAAUGAUAAAAAUCCUGAUCUUUUAACAGAUGUCCUAAAUGUAACCGAUAUCAUAUUGGACGUUAAUCCUGAAAUAGUGAUAAAAUCCGGAGAAGUGAAUGCCACAACAACAUUACUAAAAACUCUUGAUACAUAUUUAAAUAGCAUGGCCAAGGUAUUAGUACCCACAGAUCAUUGUCAAAAUACUUCAAAUGGCGUUAGAUAUGAGACAUUUAAACGUACCAGUGUUUUUUAUAUAAAUCCCUCAUGUUCUAAUAUUUCUGGUGUUGCCAUUUAUUAUUCGAAUUCGAAACAUCAGCGCUACGAUGCCCAUACUGGCCAUUUCUAUCAAUUUAUAUAUUUGAAUCAAACUCUGGACCAGAUACUGACCAAGCCCGGUCUGCGAUUGGCCACAUAUUUCCCUUUGUCGUUGUGGAAUAAACUGAAAAACGAAACUGGUGGUGUUGACGAUCAAACAGUAUUGGCUUUUAUAAUUUUUCGAAAUGAUUUACUUUUUGUCAAUCGUACAGAAUUGCUGCAAAGACCAUCUAAAAGGAUUUUGGAAAUUUCUAUACCGAACUAUUCAGGCGAACUACCAGAAGAUGUACCCUUUAUUUUGAGCUACCGUCGUAGAUCACCCGAACUACCUAAAUGUGGUUAUUGGAAUUAUAGCACAUGGAUCACAACUGGCGUCAAAACGGAACACACAAAUAUUUCCGAUAACCAUCUGCUUAUCUGUCACAGCACACAUCUGACACAUUUCGCUUCGUUGUUUGGCAUUUCCUCCUUUCCUCCAAUUUCACUAGGAGACUCUGUAAUACUUAGUAUUUCUCAUGACUUAAUGUUAGAUUACAUUUCAAUAUUAGGCUGUUUGCUUUCACUGGUAGGUCUGUCCUGUAUAUGGCUUACAGCUAUGUGUUUCAAGAGAUGGCGCGCCCAGACAUCGAAUAAAGUGUUGAUGAAUAUGUGCUUUGUUAUCACUUUACUCAUGCUAUUCUUUAUGCUGAUUAAUGUUCCGGACUUAUGGAAGGACUACAUCGAUAUUCAUAAUCGACUGGACUGCAUGAUAAUGGGAGCAUAUUUACACUAUAAUGUUUUGGUACUAUUCUUUUGGAUGCUUAUUAUAGCCAUAAUGCAAUAUCAGCGUUAUGUUAGAGUAAUGGGCUAUGAGAGAUCUUCAAACUUUAUAACCAAAUAUGCUAUUAUAGCCUGGGGUGUCCCACUGAUACCUACCAUAUUGGUAGCCUAUUUUGAUCCAGAUACAUACAGGAAAAACGCUGAACAAACUAGUAACAAAUCAGGCAUUUGCUAUCCAUCCGACAAGAGUUUGUAUUAUGGAGUCAUAUUACCAAUGGCUGUAAUAAUGCUGACAAAUUUGGGCAUAUUUAUUUUUAUAUUCUGCAGCCUUCGCCGUAAAGUUAAGUUUCAAGUUCAACAGCAAGGUGAUAACAAACGUAUCGUAGCACAAAUUAAAGUUUCGGUUUUGCUGUUUUUUUUGCUGGGUAUUUCGUGGAUUUUUGGCUUCCUAACACAUCUGGACAAUAGUCCGGUAUUUUCUUAUCUCUUUUGCUUGACAUCAACUUUGCAGGGAUUCGUUUUAUUCCUUUACUCCAUUGUCAUUGACAAAUCGACACGUUCGUCAUGGUUAAUAUUAUGUUGUGCUAAAAGUUACUAUACAAUGGAAGACACCAGUAUAGUGACAAGAUUAAACAAUAGAUCAUAAGAAAUAAAACAAUAUAAAUAUGUAAAUAUUUAAAUAAUGGGAAUUGUAGCCGCAACUGGCCAAUGUCUUAUAUGAGAACUAUAAAUAACAUUGAAACCACAAAAAGAACUUGUGGCGAGUUAAUUAAAUUUAAAUAAUAAAUAAAUUCUAUACAUUUAUCUUCUAGAUCUAAUAAAAAUAAAA